CUCAAGCAUUAGCACCAACAAGCUCUGAGCAUCAUCAGUCUCUGGAAAGCCUUCUGAAUUAGACAAGGGCUGCCUCUCAGCACAGCUACAAAACACUUUAAACCUGACCAGCUAAAUGGAUAAACCUAGCCUGCAUAGCUUUUAAACUGGGGUCUCAUACAGCACAGGAGGCCUACUUGCUUCAAGAACUGAAAAUCCAGAGGAUGAAUUGCUUUAUCUGGGGAUGGCAAAAGCCAGCACAAUAAGGAAUGCCAGGUAUUCUGAAGAUUUUCUUUUUCUUUUCUUUUUUUUUUUUUUCCUCCUCUCUUUUUACAGAGAAGUUGGUUACCUCUGAGACGUGCUGUAGCUCUUCUGCACAGAUUGCCAAUUACUGCUGAUGGGUCUCUGGUGACUUACACAAUGGUCCUCAGAGCCUAGGACUUCCCCCCCACCCCCCACGGCUUCCUUAUCCCUGCCCCCAUGCCAGCCCUUGCUGAUUUUUUUUUCAUAUAUGUAUAUAUAUAUUUUUUUGCCUGUCCUCUCCGGGGAAGUUUGUAUGGGGCUGCUAGCUCACAUGCGGGAUCCGAGCGAGCGGUGUGAAUGACAGCCGCACUGUGUCAUGAAGGUGGUGAUGCUUUCAGCCCUGGAGACCAAAUAAGAAGAAAGCUGAGAGGGGGGGAGCCGUUUUUUUGGAUGACAAAGGAUGGGUUUCCGUUUAAUUACGCAGCUGAGAGGCAUGCGUGUGGUGCUAGUGCUACUUUCUACACUGCUGCUUGUUAUGCUCACGGGGGCUCAGAGAGCUUGCCCAAAGAACUGCAGAUGCGAUGGCAAAAUUGUGUACUGUGAGUCUCAUGCUUUCGCAGAUAUCCCAGAGAACAUUUCUGGAGGAUCACAAGGCUUAUCAUUAAGGUUCAACAGCAUUCAGAAACUCAAAUCCAAUCAGUUUGCCGGCCUUAACCAGCUUAUAUGGCUUUAUCUUGACCAUAAUUACAUUAGCUCAGUGGAUGAAGAUGCAUUUCAAGGCAUCCGUAGACUGAAAGAAUUAAUUCUAAGCUCCAACAAAAUUACCUAUCUGCACAAUAAAACCUUUCACCCCGUUCCCAAUCUCCGCAACCUGGACCUCUCCUACAAUAAGCUUCAGACAUUGCAAUCGGAACAAUUUAAAGGCCUUCGGAAGCUCAUCAUUUUGCACUUGAGAUCCAACUCAUUAAAGACGGUGCCCAUAAGAGUUUUUCAAGACUGCCGAAAUCUUGACUUCCUGGAUUUGGGUUACAAUCGUCUUCGCAGCUUGUCCCGAAAUGCUUUUGCUGGCCUCCUGAAGUUAAAGGAGCUCCACUUGGAGCACAAUCAGUUUUCCAAGAUCAAUUUUGCUCAUUUUCCACGUCUCUUCAACCUCCGCUCAAUUUACUUACAGUGGAACAGGAUCCGCUCCAUUAGCCAAGGCUUGACAUGGACUUGGAGUUCCUUACACAACUUGGAUUUAUCAGGGAAUGACAUCCAAGGAAUCGAGCCGGGCACAUUUAAAUGCCUGCCCAAUUUGCAAAAAUUGAAUUUGGAUUCCAACAAGCUUACCAACAUCUCACAGGAAACUGUCAAUGCGUGGAUAUCAUUGAUAUCCAUCACUUUGUCUGGAAAUAUGUGGGAAUGCAGUCGGAGCAUUUGUCCUCUAUUUUAUUGGCUUAAGAAUUUCAAAGGAAAUAAGGAAAGCACCAUGAUAUGUGCAGGACCUAAGCAUAUCCAGGGUGAAAAGGUUAGUGAUGCAGUAGAAACCUAUAAUAUCUGCUCUGAAGUUCAGGUGGUCAACACAGAAAGAGCCCACCUGGUGCCCCAAACUCCCCACAAGCCUCUGAUCAUCCCUAAACCUACAAUCUCCAAAUCUGACCCCACCCAGCCCACCCUUGAAACACCAAGCCCCUCCCCAGGGUUUCAGAUUCCUGGGUCCGAGCAAGAGUAUGAGCAUGUUUCAUUUCACAAAAUCAUUGCAGGGAGCGUGGCGCUCUUCCUCUCGGUAGCCAUGAUUCUCUUGGUUAUCUAUGUGUCUUGGAAACGCUACCCAGCCAGCAUGAAACAACUUCAGCAGCACUCUCUUAUGAAGAGGCGGCGGAAAAAGACCAGAGAGUCUGAAAGACAAAUGAAUUCCCCUUUACAGGAGUAUUACGUGGACUACAAGCCUACAAACUCUGAGACCAUGGAUAUAUCCGUUAAUGGAUCUGGGCCCUGCACAUAUACCAUCUCUGGCUCCAGGGAAUGUGAGAUCCCACACCACGUGAAGCCUUUGCCAUAUUAUAGCUACGACGCGCCGGUGAUCGGGUACUGCCAGGCUCACCAGCCACUCCACAUCAACAAGGGCUACGACGCGGUGUCCCCGGAGCAGGACGAAACCCCCAGCCUGGAGCUCGGGCGCGACCACAGUUUCAUCGCCACCAUUGCCAGGUCCGCGGCCCCGGCCAUUUACCUUGAGAGAUUAACAAACUAACGUGGAAACAACUCUUCAUCUGGGACUCAACGUGGGGGGAGGGAGGGCCUUCAUCUUAAAGGAGAAUGGGUGUCCAAAAUCGCGCAGUCAAGCCGGUUCAUCGUUCCUGUUAAAACAUUUAUGACAUAGAGGAAAGUGAAAAACAGCCGUUUAAAGAGCGCAGAUCACCUGCAGCAUAACCGGGAGAAAUACAGACCUUUCUUUGUUUUCAAGCAUACAACAAAGAAACACAAAUGCUCCUGGAUGUAAAUAGUAAAAGUGUCGAGUUCUUAUAAAAAUAGAUUUCACCCUAGCUAUACAUAGGUUUGUUUGUAUAUUUGCUUUUUCUACACUGCAUGGUUGUUGGGCUGGAGAACCAGAGGGCGGGAAAAACCUGGGGUGGGUGGGAAGGUGGGGAAACAAUACAGUUUUCCUUGUUAGGUGUGUGUAACUUUCAGACUUGUUUUCAAUCUCUUUAUUUCAUUUUUCCGUUAAAAAUGCUGUUCUUGUUUGGUUUGUUUUAUUUCUAUAUUUUUUCCUGGUCAAGUGAUUCUGUUUCCAGUUCUAAACACGGGCAUUGGAGUUUAUUUUGUACCAAAAGAAAAUUGGCUUCACCACAGACCACAAAGAAACAAAGUGGACCACAGAGUUCGACAGAAUUACUGGAAUGAAAAUCCAACAGAAUCUGGGUGAACGAUCCUUCCAGACACACGAGGUACACAACGUGAGGAAUUUUGAUUUGUAUUCCUAUUGGCCGUCCUCGCUUUGCAUUCUCACUGCGGAAGAAGCCUGAAAAGGGACCUGUAAAGAACUCCAAUUGAAAUGACCACCAGAAACACUCUCCCUUGGACUGGAGGUGCACGAAGAACUGUGGUCAUGUGGUCGGUGAAGGAAACUGCCAAGCUGACAACUUUCUAAACACAAGAGUAUGUGUAACAUUGCUUUUUAAAUUAUCAUUUAGCUCUUGUGUAAUUUUUGUCAAUAAAAGAAAAAA